UCUGUCACGCGUUUGGGGACAAAGUUUGGGAAUAAAGGGAGGGUAUCCUCGCUUGAUCCCGGAAGGGAAGGGGAGCUGCGAGGGAAAAUGCGACCGCUUGCUCCGAGGAGUCCCGUUCCCCGCCUGUCGCACCUCCAGCUCAGCUCCUUCUUGUGAUGCUCUAGGGGGACGAGGCAGGGGCUCCCGACAGGCUGCUGGAUGAGCUGAGGGGCUGCAGCCGUAAGGAGGGAUUCUCCUCGCGUCGCCGCUAACCACAGACGUCUGAUUCUUCAGGGUAAAGCAAGCCCUGCAGAUACUUGCUAGAGGGACCAACACCAUUUUGCAUCUUGCUCAGUGGACUAUGGUGGCAGGAAGAUGUUGGCUCGCAAGAGUAUCAUCCCUGAAGAGUAUGUGCUGGCGCGGAUUGCUGCCGAGAACCUGCGCAAGCCGCGCAUCCGCGACCGCCCGCGCAAAGCCCGCUUCAUUGCCAAGAAUGGCGCCUGCAACCUGGCCCACAAGAACAUCCGCGAGCAGGGGCGAUUCCUGCAGGACAUCUUCACCACCCUGGUGGACCUGAAGUGGCGUCACACACUGGUCAUCUUUACCAUGUCCUUCCUGUGCAGCUGGCUGCUCUUUGCCAUGAUGUGGUGGCUGGUGGCCUUCGCCCAUGGCGACAUGGACCCGAGCACAGAAAGCCCUUCAAACAGCACAAAGUGGACGCCAUGUGUGACGUGUGUCAGGUCUUUCACCUCCGCUUUCCUCUUCUCCAUCGAAGUCCAGGUGACCAUUGGCUUUGGGGGCAGGAUGAUGACCGAGGAGUGCCCCCUGGCCAUCACGGUCCUGAUCCUGCAGAACAUUGUGGGGCUGAUCAUCAACGCCGUCAUGCUGGGCUGCAUAUUCAUGAAGACGGCACAGGCUCACCGGCGGGCUGAGACACUGAUCUUCAGCCGGCAGGCAGUCAUCGCCAUCCGCAAUGGCAAGCUCUGCUUCAUGUUCCGGGUGGGGGACCUGAGGAAGAGCAUGAUCAUCAGUGCCUCAGUGAGAAUCCAGGUCGUGAGGAAGACCAUGACCCCUGAAGGAGAAAUCAUACCCAUUCACCAGGUGGAUAUCCCCGUGGAUAACCCCAUUGAAAGCAACAAUAUUUUCCUGGUGGCUCCCUUGAUCAUUUGUCAUGUCAUUGACAAGAGGAGUCCUCUUUAUGAUAUCUCUGCUUCUGACCUGGCGCUCCAGGACCUGGAGCUCAUAGUGAUACUGGAGGGGGUCGUAGAAACCACGGGCAUCACGACACAGGCGAGAACCUCCUACGUGGCAGAGGAGAUCCUGUGGGGUCACCGCUUUGUGCCCAUUGUCACUGAGGAGGAAGGCGUGUACGCUGUCGACUACUCCAAGUUCGGCAACACCGUCAAAGUGGCUGCGCCACGGUGCAGUGCCCGAGAGCUCGAUGAGAAGCCAUCCAUUCUCAUCCAGACCCUGCAGAAGAGUGAGCUGUCCCACCAAAACUCCCUGAGGAAGCGUAACUCCAUGAGGAGAAACAACUCAAUUCGGAGGAGCAACUCCAUGCGGAGAACCAACUCCUCGCUCAUCGUGCCCAAAGUGCAGUUUAUCACACCUGAGGGGAGCCAGAGUGCCUCAGAAACGUGAUGCACUGCUUUGUGCUAGGGCACUGGGCUUCAGAAGGAGGCACCUGUGGUGUUUUGCUUCAAUUUCCUUUUACUUAAGAAAGCAAGAACACAAUGCAGAAGAGAACCAUGCAAGAACUAUUUAUUCCAUUACUUACAGAAAGCACCACCUAAUGGCAUUAGAAAACACCUUAGCACUUAGUGUAUGAAUUAAUAAAAAAUGGCACGUACACGAAAGAAAACACACUUCACUCAUGUAAUAUAAUGUGUAUUUAUACUUGUUUUAAUGGCAUGCUGAUUUUUUUAAUCAUAUUUUUCCUAUCAAGGGUCUCUUUCUCAUCUUCUGCUGGCUGGCAUAAAAUAUGGGGCUUUCCUAUGCAAGUGAGUGCUUCACAAAAGUUCUGUAUUCAACGGCUCCCACGGAUUUUGUGCAUGGCAUUUGGAUAUUGAUCUUUUUGUGUGAAUUCCUUGUUCUCUUAAAGGGAGUAACUAAAUUCCUCAAGGAUUUCACUGGAGAAGGGCCACCAUUUCACCUUUGGUUUCCCAGGCUUUUUCUUUUUUGUUGCUUUGUGGCAAGGGCAUUUUGAGAGCAAAUUCAGGUCAGGUGGAGUGAUGUGUCCAUCCCACAGGAAAGCUGGUACCACUCCAAGCAGGAAAACCGGCAAAAUGAUGGAGUGCUGCUCUUCUUCUCAGGGUGAAAUACUUGGCUGCAGGACAACACACAGAUUAGCUGUAGACCAAGCUGAGAAAUCCCAGUCCUGCUGGCUGCCACCUGGGCAUCUGUUUCACUGAAAUUAUUCAAGCUGGAAAAAGCAGAUGCCUCUUUAACAUUCUCAUCAUGAUGGAAGACCAAAUCCUGUUUUGCUCUCUCUGACAGAUUCAUACAUGGAAGGAAAUGUGUAUUUUUUUCACUUACUUUUCAUAGGAUUAAGUCUGAAUCCUCCAGAAGAAGGUUAUUUUUUGCCAGUGGGAACUCAUGAAAGAGAAUGAGAGGGAAUGAGAAUGAGAGGGAAGCCUGAUAAUGUUAGAGAUAGUAUUUUCAAAACUAUCGGAAUGCUUUUCAGGAGGACUUGGAUGCUACUGCUGAAUUCCUGGGUUUUUAGCAGUGCCUCACCUGUGUUUUUAUAUAAUCUGGCAUUGAGAAUUGGUGGGAAGAAGCUUUCCUCUUCAAAUUAAAAUGGGCAUUUUUUACCUGGAGCCUUCCCAAAAACGUCAUCACAAGUUUUUCUACAGGAAUAUGUAAAAGUAAGACAACUAAUUCUGUCACAUUUGAUAGCCUAAAUUGAUACAUGUUUUUUUCCUGUGUGAGCAUAACUAUGGACAAGUUCCUGUUCAGAUAUCUUGCAGAAAUUGUCUUAUGUCUGUGGCUCAAGAGAAGUACUAUCCUUGUUCUGACCCUCCAAGCCACUCAAACAUUUAAAUGUUUGCUUUUUUCUCUAUGGUGAAACAGUCCAAAGUCAAAGCUGAAUUCUCAUUCUCUUUGAAGGAACUCAUGAGCAGUUGUUGGAUGGAUGGUUUCAGGCUUCACGAGGUGUUGGAUGGUGGCAUGGAGGGACAUCGCUCUGAGGUGUGGACUCCCUGCAUUUGGAACAGGUGCUCUGCAGACUGAAAACUCUGACUUCAUCUGAAUCAGCAGAGGAAAUUUAAGUUUCUGCUGAAAGCAUUCAUUCCCUGACCUGCCCAUUAAUGACCUGGAAGGGUGGAUGGUGAACAACUGGAGAAAUUAAUCUGUCCCUUGUGUGUCCAAACAAUAAUCAGCUGCAGCUUCCAAGAAGAGUCAGAGUGAAGCACAUACAAUUUGUCUCUGUCCUCCAUUUCCAGGACUGUGAACUUCUCUGAGGCUCUCUGUUGGAUACAUGGUUAAGUCAGAUGCUGUGCAAAAGCAGGUUUUAUACAAAAGAAUAAUUAAAGAAGUUAUAAUAAUGUCUUGGUUUGAAAUACAGGUGUCUGCCAAGGAAGGUGAGAACCUCCCUGGGAAUAGAAAAAAAUAUGACCUCCCUUCCCUCUGAAUUAUUACAACUCUGAAAUUAAGGGGCUUUCAGGCAAAGAUAUGUGAAAAGGAAUAACAGUUCUUUACUAGUCUGUAUGGCAAGGCAAACAAACAAACAAACAACAACAGCAGCAACACAAACAGAACCAGGAACCCAUCUGCAGCCUGCUCUUGGAUGCAGCACUUUCCCCUUCCAUGCAGUUCCAGUCACGGCCAGCAGGGGCGCUGUUGGCUCCCGGCUGGGCAGGGCAGGGCAGGCGCGAUGAUUCCUGCAGGGAGCGCUGUGACGCGAGCUCCGCCAUAUGUCCCUCACAUGAUAAUGGCGGGUGGGCUGGGCGGUGAAAAUGGGCCGGAACCCAUUAGCAGGAACCGCAGAGCAGUGGUUGGGACAGCAGGGAUAAGCAGACACCAGAGUAGCCAAGGAAAUGUAUCAGAAACUCCACAGCUGUAGCAGAUGCAUGGCAGGCAGGGGGUGCUGGGUUAGAGUGUAGUGGAGAAAGCAGUGGGACAGGGCAGUGGCAGCCAGGCUCCUCCUGUAGCAGCUGCUGCACACAGCCGGGAAGGGGAAGAGGGCUGGGGUCCUGGGUUUCUCCCCUGAAGCACCCAAAUAGAUGGUAAGGGUCCCUUCCAGUCAGAUUGGGUGAUAAUAAUGUCCCAGUCCAACAGCUGCUCUUACGAGCAAAGGCUCACUCACAGUAGGAGACGCAAUGGAAGGACAAAAGCUCCUUCAUGGCAGCGAAUCCUCUGGGCAGUGACUGCAGACCGGCUGUGCCUACUCCGAUACCAAGAGUGAGAGGAACCCAGCCCAGCCCCUCACCACCCAGCCAAAAUCUCAUGGUAUCUUUGCCCUUGCAAAGAGAAAACCUCCGAGGUAAGACAAUAGCCAGCUGCAUGCUUCCCCUACCUUUUUUGCCUCUCUUAAGUAGUGGUCGUUAUUGCCUCUUAGCCACAGAUGGGACAAAUUCCAUGAGAGAAUGAAACAAAAGGAAAAAUCCUAACCCCCAACAAAUAAUGAUUUCUUCCAUCUCUGAUUUUUCCCUAUGCCUUUCCUUCUUGUCUUUUUGUAUUCUUCAUUCAUUUGUGUAUACUCUUGGUCCUUCCUGUAUCCCAGCCUUUUCCAUGGUCCUUUUGAAUAAUAAUUUUAUGUUACCUAUAUUACCUCAUUAUUCUCUCAGUAUUUCAAAUGAGCUUUUUUUUUUUUUUUUUUCCCCCCAAACCAUUUUCUCAUUUUCUCCUUCCAAAUUUUAUUUCGUCUUCAUGGCUCUCUCUGCUUCACACCUAAUACACUCUAUUUCUUGGAACACUACUGCAGGGGUAUUGGUAUUUUGAGGUAACACUAAGUGUCACCAUGACAUUUUCUGAAAAAUCUCUUCUCCAGGAUUUCUUCUCCUGGGAAGCUGAGAGGCCUUGGAGAGGAAUGAAAAUAAUAUCUGGUUGCUUCUCUCUGUUUUGCGGCUUUAGAAUGUGGUCUGGAAAUUGUCCAACAGGUGGUUGUUUGAUUAGUUUCAUGUGAAUUGUUUUUACUUAAUAACCAAUCACUGUCCAGCUGUGUCAGACUCUGAGGAGUCAGUCAUGAGUUUUCUUUAACAUUCUUGUUAAGCCUUCUGUCUGUAUCCUUUCUCUAUCUUUAGUAUAGUUUAGUAGAACAUUCUUUAAUAUAAUAUAAUACAAUAUCAUAAUAUAAUAAAUUAGCCUUCUAAGAAAAUGCAGUCAGAUUCAAUCAUUCCUCCUUUGUCCUGGGGAUCCCAGAAACUACCACAACUAAGACACCUCAGUUAUAUACCAAGAUGCUGAACAGAAAACAAGGCAGAGCUUUGUGCCAUGAAUGUCAUGUUCAUAUGUGCUGUGCUCCUGCUCUGUGCAGUAAAUCCUUUUGUGCAAAGCCCCUUUUUUGAGCAAGAUUUGCAGUCCUGGAAGAGGUCCGGGACAGAGGCAGCCAGUGGUGGAGAGCAGGAGAGAGGUCUUUGGCCUAGGAGCUUCUUCCCUGGUUGAAAGGACAGAGUUCAGACCCAGCUUUGCGAUAUCAUUGCAUGUGCUUUCAGACCCAGCUAUGCCCGCUGGGAGGGGAUCAGCUGGCAGCACCACAGCUCAAUACAUUUAAUUAUUUUUUCUCCCUGGCAACUUUAUCAGAAAGGGGUUUUAUUUUAAAUUUGAAGCCUUCUGUUUAUAAUACAGCUUGACAAAUUAAGGAUGACAGUGAGAUUUCUACCAAAUAGUGCUGACAGUUCAUGUUAGCAGUUAACUGUCCAUCUCAUUGAUAAGGAUUUAGUAAAUUAGAUUCAAUAAGGUAUCAACAUCCUCCCUUCACACUUAUUUGUGUUCCUACCAUUCCCAUCCCUCUGCAACAUGGUGUAACUAGAACUUACUUGGCAUCACUUAUUGUGUGGAAUUAAUAUGCUUUGGCUCUUUGUGGAUCCUACCAGAAGAGCAAAACUGUUUUCUAAGUUUAGAAAAGUAAUUAUAAAGUCCUUCCAGGACAGGCAUGAUGUCUGGGAUUACACUUUAUUUUUUCUUCCUAGCUUUCUUCUAAGGAGAUUCUCUGUUUUAAACAGAAAAAUGGCACUGAGAGCCUUUGUCCUUGUUUGGGACACCCAGAAAGUUCAGAGUUACCGUGGUGGGGACGCAGAGCAAACAAACACAGACAGUGCUUACAGGGGAUAUAAAGAUUAAUGCUCCAGGGUUGAAGCCAAGAUGUGAGUAAUAGGAUUUGGAGAAAACUUUCCCUGUUGGCAGCUGAUUCUAUGGCUGUCAUCCUCAGGACUUCUUGCGCUCUCUUUUGCAAAAUCUGGUGCAAGCCAGGGACAGAAGCUGGAGCUCAGCACUGGCAAGGCCCCGCUGCAAGCCACACUUUGAAUCUUUCUGCUACCCGUGGCAUUACUCUGGCCCUGUAAAACAAUUCUGGCCUUGUAAAACAGUUCUGCCCCUUGAGCAUGUCUUCAUGAGCACGUUGUCUCACAGUGAUCUGCCCUGGCCUCUUUACAUAGAAGGGUUACACUUCCUUCUGGGCUUUCUGGGGUGCUCAGGACAUUGUAAAGUGAGAGCCAGAGGAAUAUUCAGAUUUACUUAACACCUCAUGUGUGCCAUAGCCCUUUGCCCUAAAGCCAUGUGUCACUCCAGGCCAAAGGGUCAUUUCAGAGGUUUUGCCUCACAGGCAUUGUGAAUUAAUUUCAUAGAAGUCUGAGCCUUUAUUUACACUUUAUAAAAAGUUUGGGAAUCAUGCUUUUACUUUGCAGUCUGGAUAGCAGAAUGGACACACUAUUUUUUCUGAUUGAAAACAAAAAAGAUGGUUGAGUAUCCACAUCUUUUUUUUUCUUCACAAACUAGAGACUGAGGACAUUUUGUGCAACCAGUUUCCAAGCACUCCAGUGGUUAUUAUUAGCAAAUGUUUUUUGUUGCAAGCUGCAAAAGUAGUUAGUCCAAGACCAGAAAGAAGCUUUGACAGGAGAAAAACCAUUAGAUAUUAUAUGAUGAAAGGAACAAAGCUUUCAUUAUUUUCACAAAAUAUAAUCUCUGGGCCUGCUGUUUUCAAAACACUGGUAGGGGUUGCUUGAAUAGCCAGGUGAGAGUUAACUUUUUCUCCCCCACAUGCUUAUAUUAAAAUAUUUUUUUCCCUAUAUUGGUGUUUACAUGACAUCCAGACUAAUCUAAGAUGAUAGACAGGAAUUUUCUAAUACCCUUAGCAUAUUAAUAAUGCUUCUCCGCCCUAUCUCUCCGAAUUGUGUUUUCUAUUUUCCCUUAAGGAUUCUUUGAACAUAAAAAAAAAAAAAAAAAAAAAAGAAAGAAAGAAAGAGAUUUCUCAUGUGAUAACUGGACAGUAAAGAUAAAAUACGUUCCCAUAUUCCCUUAUUGGAUGCUGAAGAGAAAUUUAGCCUGCAGAGACAAGAUCAGUGUCCAAGAGAAACAGCCACUAGGAUUGAGGCACUCACAGUCAGGACACAUCACCAAGGGCAUGGAUUAAAAUAAAUAUUUAAAAAUAGAAAGUAUUCAGGGGGUUUCUGGCUGAGAACUCUCAGAACACUGAUAUGCUAUUAGCUAGCAGUGAAAGGAGUGUUCUAGGAUCAUCAAGACACACUUCAAUGCAAGGAAGAAAAAAACAUCCAUUCAAGGAAAAUGUAGUCUAUACUUUAGUUAUUGCUGCCAAUUAUUUUAACCUUUAGCUUAUUAAAAACUAAAAAAAAAAUCCAUGUUGGAUUCCUUCUUCAUCUUUAACAGAAGUUUAGCACCUUUGUUUUGUACCGUGAGAAAGGGUUGAUCUAUCUGAAGACAUCACUCCCAGCACAAACAUACUGUAAUUUUCUGGAGGAUACUUGUUAAUCUCUACACACUUUUCUGGGCCCAGUGCAGGGGUAGCUGUGCAUGAUGUCAUGGCCUGUAUUGCUCAGUAUGUCAGAUGUGAUGAUCUAAUGGUCCCUGCUGCACUCCAAAUUUAUGGAUAGGGAGAGUUUAAUGAAUUUUGGUGAAGAGAAAGCUUUCCUCUGAGUCUUAAAUUAAUCUCCCACAGAGAAAACAAACAAACAUGGGGGAACAGAAACCCCAGCAGAGUUAGGCAUCCCCAAAUGGUUGAUUUAUUUUGAGAAAUGCAUUUCAGUGCUAAUUAUGGAUUCUUCAAACAGCAUUGACAAAUGUCCCUAGGGACAAUUUGUAAAAAUUAGGGUAUCUCAUUGUUACAGGAUUUUACUUGGAUUCCUGCUGUUGCUUAGUAGCAAGGAUGAGAAAGCCAGCUUCUGUGUGGGCCAAAGUGAAAUUAUAUUUCUUGAUUUUAUGGUCUGAGGUCUAUUAUAAAGACCAUAAAACUGAGGAAUGGCACUGGAGUGACUCCAAAAGGCUGUUGUGGUUUGGGGCUCAGCAUCUUCCUCAUCCAGGGAACAUCAUCGCUUUCCUCAAGUGCUUUUUUUCUUUUGAUAUCACAAUAGCCAUGAAAAUUGAUUGCAUCCUCCAAUGGCCCAGCCUUGUUAUCCUUCAGGGUGUUAUAUUAGGUAUAUUAGGUCUUUCAUUCUGGGUGAUCUGGAUUGGUCUGUCAGAAAGGGGCUGCUUCUGUUGACUGUCACGGUUUCCAAAUUCAGUCAAGGGCAGGACAUGAAGCAAAACUGAAGGGUUGCAACAAACAUUGAAAGAAACUCUGCUGAGUUUGAGUGAGAACAAGUGACAAUUGUUUUCCCCUUGGGUGGUCAGCUUUCCAUCUCACAGCUUUUCAAAAAUAUAUCAAGUACUAAUAAAUGUUGUCUGCUCAGCCUUAGCUGGUGUUUUAAAUCAUAUUAUAAACAGAUACUAUUCUUGGCUGAUCAGAUUAAAUUGUUUGGCAUGUGCUAUUUUUUCCAUAUACAAAAUCUCAGUGCAUUCUUGUCACGAUCCGUCCUUACAAAUGGGUUUCAUGAUGGUUCGUUAAUUGAUCUCAGAGUGCAAAAAACCAACAUGGCAAGGGGAUUUGCAGUAAUAAUCAAAACCAAAUGCACCUUUAUUGAAUGACCACAGCAAAAUGCAUUAGGAGGAACUGGGGAAAAAGGGAAGAAUAGGAAAAAGAGAGGAAGAGAAAGGAAGGUAUAUAGAUAGCUACCAAACAUAGAUAGACGAAGUCCUUCAAAGUCUUCAGUCAACUGAGUUUGCCUGGUCAUGGCAGGGGAGAUGUCAGAGAUACUGGUCAACUCAAGCUUCUAUUAUAGUCCUUUUUGGUGGGGGAAGGGGACAAGUCUUGAAAUGGAAUCAAAUGUAAUAAAGAAUAGUCAAUUGUAAUUGCUGAUGGAAAAGGGAAAAAAAAAAGAAGGCAUUGAAGAAGGGUAAAAAUAGUCUAUAUUCUCAGCAGUAGGUGAGGACCAUUGUCUUCUCGGUCCAAUGGUCACAUCUGCAAGCAAACAUCUCGCUUUGGUCAGCUUGCGUCCCCCACACACCUCCCCUGUGUCAGGGGUUUCAGUCUCGGUCCUUGGGAGGAGAGGGGGCUCCUCCAUAUAGGGGUUUCAUGUCUGAGUCCUUAAGGGAGAGGCUUCUC